AUGAGUGAUCUUGUUAAAUCUUCUGAAGUCAUUGAAACUACUGAAGUCCCUCCUCAUAAUAACAAUAAUAAUAAAAGACAUUUCAAAUAUGAUUCUGAACAACGUAAACAGAGAUUAGCUGGUGGUGUUAAAUUAAAAGAUGCUUUAAUGAUUUUGUGUGCUGGAUUUGCCUUAAUUUCCGAUGGAUAUCAAAACAAUGUUAUGUCAAUGAUGAAUAAAGUAUUUGCCCUUGAAUAUCCAAAAGAAUAUACCGCAUCUUUGUCAACUCAAGUUUCUAAUGCUUCUUUAGUAGGGACAAUUUUCGGACAAGUGAUUAUUGGAUUAACCGCUGAUUAUAUUGGAAGAAAAUGGUCAAUUGUCACUGCUACAUGUUUUUUAAUAUUUGGUACUAUGAUGUGUGCUGCUUCUCAUGGUAAAACUGUUAAUGGAAUGUUUUGGAUGUUGACUAUAUUCCGUGGUGUCACGGGGUUUGGUAUUGGGGCAGAAUAUCCAUCUUCUUCAGUGACAGCAAGUGAAGCUGCUAAUGAAUCAGUGAAAAGACGUGGUGGUGCAUUUAUAUUAGCAACUAAUUUACCAUUAUCAUUUGGUGGUCCAUUUGCCUUGUGUAUAUUUUUAAUUGUUCGUCGAAUUUGUGGUAAUCAUUUAGAUGCCAUUUGGAGAACCAUGUUUGCCAUUGGAUGUUUUUGGCCAUUAUCAGUGUUUUAUUUUCGAUUGAAAAUGGUGACUUCAGAAUUAUAUACUAAAUCAGCAAUAAAGCAACGUGCUCCAUAUUGGUUAGCUCUUAAAUAUUAUUGGCCUCGUUUAAUUGGUACUUGUGUUGCUUGGUUCUUAUAUGAUUUUGUUACUUUCCCUAAUGGGAUUUUUUCAGCAGGUAUUAUUUCCAAUGUUAUCCCUAAACUGGAAAAGAAUAAUUUAGAAAAAAUUGCUGAAUGGAAUUUACUUUUAGGUGCCAUUGCCCUUCCAGGGGUAUUUGUUGGUGCUUAUGUUGUUGAUAUUUUGGGUCGUAAAUAUACUAUGAUGAUUGGAUUUUGUGGAUAUAUUGUGUUUGGAUUAAUUGUUGGUUGUGGAUAUCAUCAAAUUAAACCCAUAACUGGGUUAUUCAUUGUAUUUUAUGGGUUAAUGAUGAGUUGUGGGAAUUUUGGUCCUGGUAAUAAUAUGGGAUUAACUUCUUCAGAAUCAUUUGCUACACCAAUUAGAGGUACUGCGUAUGGUAUAUCAGCUGCCAUUGGUAAAGUUGGUGCCGUAGUUGGAACUAAAACUUUUAGUCCAAUUCAAAAGAAUUUAGGUGAUAAAUGGACUUUUAUUAUUGCUGCCAUUUGUGGAUUAGCUGGAGUUUUGGUGACAUUUAUUUUCAUACCACAUUUAAAAGACGAAGAUUUAUUAGAAGAAGAUGUUAAAUUUAAAAAUUAUUUGAUUGAUAAUGGUUGGAAAGGUAAAUUUGGUAUUCAAGAAUAUGAUGAAGAAGAAGAUUUGGAAGGUAGUAGUGAAGAUUCAUCCGAUGGUGAAAUUGUGAAAAAUAAUACCAAAAAUGAUGUGGAAAAAGUGGAUGCAUUGAAAUAA